CAACUAUCCUUAUCCUUAGCUACUACAUAGCCACCAAUUCUAUAAAUAUAUCUGAUAUAUUGAAAGCAUACUCAUAUAACCAGUUGUUAAGAUAUGGCUUCUACUGGUGAUCCUGAGUACAAAUCAUCUUCUACUCCGGUUCCAGUUUCGGGUUCCGGUGGUGCUGAUUACUUUAAGUUUGACGUGAUUCUAAGGUUUCUGUUGUUUGCAGCAUCAUUGGCAGCAGUUUUGGUGAUGGUUACUGGCAAUCAAACUGAAUAUCUUCCGAUACCAAUCCCAGCCAAGUUCAGAUACUCACCAGCUUUUGUAUAUUUUGUGGCUGCAUUCUCAGUUUCUGGACUUUACAGUAUCAUUACAACUCUUGUAUCACUCACAGCAAUCCGAAAGCCAAACCUCAAAACCAAACUUCUCCUUCAAUUAAUCUUCUGGGACGCGGUGAUGUUGGGGAUAUUGGCCUCGGCAACAGGCACGGCAGGAAGUAUGGCGUAUUUGGGUUUGAAGGGAAACAAACAUACUAAUUGGAAUAAAAUCUGCAACAUAUAUGACAAAUUCUGUAGGCAUGUUGGUGCAUCUGUUGCAGUGGGAUUGUUUGGUAGCAUCGUCGUACUUUUGCUCAUUUGGAUUUCAGCUUACAGCAUUCAUAGCAGAGUUUCCAAGUAGAUUUGAAGAAUGUUGUGGAUUAUUUAAAGAUUUUCAUUGUUAAAUUGUUUAUGAAGUGAUUAGUUAGUGUGUUCUGUAAUUUGUUAAUGUGUAUUUGAUUUCUAUGUUUGUGAAUGGUGUUGAAUUGUUCAUUGUUUUUGUAAAUGUGUGUUUUCUACCAAGGAGAAUACUUGUAUUUUAUAUUUAUUAAUUAAUGUCAAAUUAUUUUUGGUUA